GGGGUGGUUGUUGGGGGGGACCAAGGGGACGGGCUGGCCUGUCCUCACCACCCCAUCCGGCCGCCUGCCCGUCCUCCCCAGGGCGGGGAAGGGGGUGGGCCAGCUCCCCCAAAGCCCCGGGAGAACAGGCUGUUGUAGGGGGUGGCCUGGGUCUGGAGAUGGGGGGCGGUGGUGGCCACAGCAGAGGCUCCAGGAGGUGACCGCCUGGUUUCCAUUAGGGAGUCCUGGUCAGCAGCCUGGGCGAGACGGCAGAGUCAGGGCUGGCCAUGGUAAGGUGGGGCACGGGAGGGUCUGAGGGUGGGGCCUGCCUGCCCCCCCACCCCCGCUCUGCCAACUGGCCACUGCCUCCCCACCAAGACCCUCCCCGAGGAGGGGAUGCUCCAGUCACCAUGGCGACCCUGCGCCCAGCCUGGAGACACGCUGACCCUCCCUCCCCCGCAGUGGCUGAGCCUGCUGCUGCUCCUGCUGUUGCCGGGCCCCCUGCCCGUCGCCGGCAUGGAGGACGCUGCCUUCCCCCACCUGGGGGAGAGCUCGCAGCCCCCGCCCCGGGCCUGUCCCCCACGCUGCUCCUGCCCCCGAGUCGACACUGUGGACUGUGAUGGCUUGGACCUUCGAGUGUUCCCAGACAACAUCACCAGAGCCGCUCAGCACCUCUCCCUGCAGAACAACCAGCUCCAGGAACUCCCCUACAAUGAGCUGUCCCGCCUCAGUGGCCUGCGAACCCUCAACCUCCACAACAACCUCAUCUCCUCCGAAGACAGGCCUGGGGUCCCUUCACUGCCCCCCCACUCUCCCAGGCCUGCCUGACGAGGCCUUCGAGUCCCUCACCCAGCUGCAGCACAUCUACGUGGCUCACAACAAGCUCUCAGUGGCCCCUCAGUUUCUGCCCCGGUCCCUCCGCGUCGUGGAUCUGGCUGCCAACCAAGUGAUGGAGAUCUUCCCCCUCACCUUUGGGGAGAAGCCGGCACUCAGGUCCGUGUACCUCCACAACAACCAGCUGAGCAACGCUGGCCUGCCCCCCGACGCCUUCCGCGGCUCCGAGGCCAUCGCCACCCUCAGCCUCUCCAACAACCGGCUCAGCUACCUGCCGCCCAGCCUGCCGCCCUCACUCGAGCGGCUCCACCUGCAGAACAAUCUCAUCUCCAAGGUGCCCCGAGGAGCCCUGAGCCGCCAGACUCAACUCCGCGAGCUUUACCUCCAGCACAACCAGCUGACGGACAGCGGCCUGGAUGCCACCACUUUCAGCAAGCUGCAUAGUCUUGAAUACCUGGAUCUCUCCCACAACCAGCUGACCACAGUGCCCGCCGGCCUGCCCCGGACCCUGGCUAUCCUGCACCUGGGCCGCAACCGCAUCCAGCAGGUGGAGGCGGCUCGGCUGCACGGGGCGCGUGGUCUGCGCUAUUUGUUGCUGCAGCACAACCAGCUGGGGAGCUCAGGGCUGCCCGCCGGGGCUCUGCGGCCGCUGCGGGGCCUGCACACACUGCACCUCUAUGGCAAUGGGCUGGACCGCGUGCCUCCGGCCCUGCCCCGCCGCCUGCGUGCCCUGGUGCUGCCCCACAACCACGUGGCCGCACUGGGUGCCCGUGACCUGGCCGCCACACCGGGCCUGACGGAGCUUAACCUGGCCUAUAACCGCCUGGCCAGCGCCCGCGUGCACCACCGGGCCUUCCGCCGGUUGCGUGCCCUGCGCAGCCUCGACCUGGCGGGGAAUCAGCUAACCCGGCUGCCCAUGGGCCUGCCCACUGGCCUGCGCACCCUGCAGCUGCAACGCAACCAGCUGCGGAUGCUUGAGCCCGAGCCUCUGGCCGGCCUGGACCAACUGCGGGAGCUCAGCCUGGCGCACAACCGGCUCCGGGUCGGCGACAUCGGGCCAGGCACCUGGCAUGAGCUCCAGGCCCUCCAGAUGCUGGACCUCAGCCACAACGAGCUGUCCUUUGUGCCCCCGGACCUGCCUGAGGCCCUAGAGGAGCUGCACCUCGAGGGCAACCGCAUCGGCCACGUGGGCCCCGAGGCCUUCCUCAGCACACCCCGCCUGCGUGCCCUCUUCCUCAGGUGCCCCAAGGGUGGCCGGAGGGGUGGAGGUGAGCAGGGGAGGGCCUGGGAGGGUCAUGACCGCCUCUCUGUGCAGGGCCAACAGGCUUCACAUGACGAGCAUCACGGCCGAGGCCUUCCUGGGGCUCCCGAACCUGCGUGUGGUGGACACGGCAGGGAAUCCGGAGCAGGUCCUGAUCCGGCUGCCUCCCACCACCCCACGUGGGCCACGGGCAGGGGGCCCCUGAUCCUGGAGAGGCCCAGGAGAGCAGCCCAGACUCCUGGGACUCCGCUGGGCCGUGGACUGAGGAGACAACGCCCACCGGGGGCCCUCGGUCUGGCUCUCCUGGGCCUCCAGGGCGCUGGGCCUGCUCUGCCUGGCACUGGCCGAGGCACCGAGGCACACAGCUGGCAUACUCCAGGCUCACAGACAACGCUGGCCUGGCGGGACACACCCUACCCCAAACUCCCAACACAGAUGGAGGCAGCAACAAUAAAGCCAAACCCUUCCAGCGCUCAGCACGGACCAGGCACCCUUCGAGGGCUCUGUCCAUGGACUCCUCCCCACAACCAGUCCAGCUGGGGAAACAGAGGCUCUGGGAUGCUAAGUGGGUCAGGACUGAAUUUUGAGGUCUUGAGGCACACACUGGGGUCACCAAACAGCACCCUGUGCGACCCAGCCACGUGUGACUGCAGGGAUGCCCAAGGCCACCCACUGAAAAAACACUGAGUGACAGAUAUAGGGACCCUCACAUGUAUCCCCCCAACAGCAAGCAUGGGAAUGAAAUGCAUCCUUCGA